GUCAGGCUAGCAGGUCACUGGGCACUAGGGUUAGUGGGUUGGGGGCCUAAGGGCCCUGGUGGCCCUAGGGACCGCCAUGGCCAUGGCUGAGCGGUCACGGUCUGAGUGGGACUCCUAUCAAAACCCCAACAGCAACAACUGCCAGGACGUGGGAAACUCCAUUCUGAUACUGUUGGGUCUCAUCAUCUGUAUUAACAUUGGCAUCAAUUUGGUGACCCUGCUCUGGAGCCGACUCCGCAUCAUCUUACACCGAAUAUUCCAUAUCAUUUGUGAGAAAGAAACUACUCAACUAUACUCACCUGGGAGGCAGAUCCAGCCCUUGAGGAAACAGACCUACCCUGAAGUCCAUCUUCGAUGUACCAUGGACCCCAUGAAAAUGACCGUGACCCCCCCACCCACUCGUCGACACCGCCGCAGAGCUUCCCAGUCUCGCCGUGCCCACCGUGCCCACCGGCCGACAGCUUGGGCCCCUGACACCGAUGAGGAGAGGCCUCCGCAUCAGUGUCAGGCCAUCUGCUCCCGCCACUGGGAUGGUCCUAAGGACUGGGAAAGCUUCCAACCCCUGCAGGAGAUCUGGGAACCCUGGACUCAGGAUGGUCUAGAGCAACCUCCCCAGACCAUCCGUUUCCAACCAACGGUAGAGGGAAGGCCUCUCAAAACAGAGAUCCGGUCAGAGCAGGGCCUAGAGGCCUAUGUGUAUACUGUGAACCCUCCACCUCCCAACCCAGAGGCUUUGAGCCAUAAAAACAAUGGGGUGGGGCCAGGGGCAGGUGCUGAGGGUGAGCAAGCACCGUGCCAGCCUGCCUCACCAACCUUCCUGGGUCCAGCAAACAUCCCUGAAAUACCUCGGCGCCGUUCCUCGGGCCGAAUAGUGUAUGAUGCCCGAGAUGUGCGGCGCAGGCUUCGAGAACUGACCCGCGAGGUAGAAGCUUUGUCUCACUGUUACCCCUUGGUUUCUGGAUCCAGCACAGUUGAGGGGACAAGCAAAGAUUGGGUGUAUCGUCCCCUGAAGGGAAGAUGACUGGGGGAAAAUAAAAAGGAGAGAGGACGUA